AUGGCAUCAUCAACUGCUGGCCCCUUCCCUUCUUUUCCUUUAACAGGGAUAGAAUUUCCGACAACUUCCCUCGUGUUAUCUUCAUACCAACACGCGAAAAAGUACGCGACUCCAGGUGUUCUAAAUCACGUCCUCCGGAGUGCAGCUUUUUGCCUUCUUCUCCAGAAGAAGAUGCCCGAGUUUACCAAACUCGGUGACUCUCUUGACAUCGAGCUCGUUGUCGUAAGCUGUCUUCUUCACGAUCUCGCUUGGUCCAAGACGAAGGAGCUUGUCACGAACACAAGACGAUUCGAGGUUGAUAGUGCGAACCUGUCUCGUGAGUUCAUCAACGCAACGUCGGAUAAGGAUGGCAAUUGGGAACAAGGCAGUCGCCGUAUGCAGAUUGCCUGGGAUGCCAUCGCACUUCAUACAAUGGAGACCAUUGCACCGUGGAAAGAGCCUGAAGUCGCGCUUGUUCACUUCGGUGUCCAUGGGGAUCUUCUUGGGCCCAAUCUGCACCUCCUGGGUCUGCCGGAGGACCUCCCUAACUUAGAGGGCGUUAUAACGGAAGAAGAGUUCAAAGAGAUUUCCAACGCAUUUCCGCGCAUGCAUUUUGCAGAUGAGUUUAAGGAGAUCUUUUGCGGCUUGUGCCGGGGCAGAGGUCGUUAUUCUUUCGAUAGCAAUGUGGUGAACUACGGAUUGGAGUGGGGAUAUGAUGGGAAGGGUACUGGAGUGGAAGAGUUCAAGAAGUUAGUGGAAGAUGCCCAGCGAGCCAAAAGCCUGUACGGUGUCAUGAGUGAUAUUGAUAAGCUUUUGGAUAGAGCUUAG